AUGGACAGCGAUGACGAUAAGGGCCAGCUCGAUUGGCUGCACCUCCUUCCGGAAGACGGCCUCAGCAGGUUCAGAUACCUGUGGCACCCCAAGCAGACAUUCGAUCCGUCCGUGCUCGAGGCACCCGCAGUCCGGGCCGUCACCCACCUCAUAGUGCACGGCCCGCAGAGCGCCGCGAUACUGCCCGCGUGUCUGUCGCUUCCUCGCCUGGAGACGCUCGAGGUCUCGCUCGACGACUGCGACGAAGCUGCGGACUGGGACGUCGGCGCGGGCCUCGCGCCGCACCUGCGGAGGUUCGUCCUGCGGGUCUACUUCUGCCGCUGCCCCGUCGCCAUCGCGCUGUUCACCGCGUUCGCGCCCCAGCUGGUCUCCUUCCACUUGCACGCCCUCUUCCACGUGCUCGUCCCAUACCACGAGUGGGAACAGGCGCUCAUGGCGCACGGCACGCACCUGCAGCACCUGAUCCUGAGUGGCGACACGUCGUGGCAGAACAUCGGCUCGCCGUUCCUCGACGGCUUCGUCGAGAGGGCCCCGUCGCUCGAGCACAUCCGCUGCAUGCAGGGCACUCUCACGGGCGCGUUCUUCGGCCGCCUGCCCUCGAGCCUGAAGACGUUCGAAUACGCCACCAAUGAGGGCGUGUCGGGUGCGGCUGAGGAGAUGAUCCUCAGCUUUCUGCCCGGACUGCGGAGUCGGCAAUAUUAUGGCUCGGUGCAGACCAUCAGGAUCAUCGUCCCGGCUGGGAGCCCCUAUCGGGAACACCGGGAACUGGAGGAAGCGUGCGAUGAGGUCGGGAUCAGAUUUGAGCACGUGCAGGAUGAGUUGUACGCUCCGGCGCAGUACCUGUCGGCGGAGGCGGUGAUCAGGUCUUCCGCCAAUCAACACGGCCUUCGUACAGGUUUCAAAGUCCUGACGAAUCCUCCUCCUCCCCCUCCACCACCACCACUACCACCACCAUUGCCGCCCUCCUGAUUCU